AUGACAUUAUCGACAACAGGCAGAUCUUCACUGGGAAGUAGUCCAUCGUCUUCCUCUAGUACGAAUAGUGCUGAAAAAUACAAUUCAACAACCAAUGCUGGGAUUGAGGACGUCCUAGAUAUGAUUUUAGCAGACAUGUAUACAAAGCUCAUGGGAGGCAUCGUUGGAUUUAUGUUUAUCAUUACAGUUGUAAUAUGCUUCAAGACAAGAAUUCUGAAGAAAAAGAAAAACCUUCCUAAAAAUCCUGUAAAUCGUCGAAGUCAUCUAGAGAAUGUAAUUAUCGACAGACCAGCAGAGGGAGAGGGUGUGGCCGAAGGAGGGGGAGGGGGAGAGAGGAAUUCGAACGAGUUUUUAAAGGAUUACACAAACGGUCAUGAAGAUUACGCACUGGUGAACCAUACAGACAAGUGUUAUGCCGACUUAGAACAAGGGGAGUACGAUUUGCUUAGAUCACACAGGAAAUAUAAAACGUGUUCGACUGAACCCACUCCAGACUCUUGUUAUGAUAAAGUCAAGAACGAUAACAGCCCGUAUGAUCUCAGUGGGGUCUGUAAUCAGAAAGACGCUUUAAUCACUGAUUACGAGUACGAGAUGAUUAAGAACUUGGCGAAAAAGAAACAAAGCAAAGAGUUAACAGAAAGUGAGUGUAAAAUAUCCCCUAAGAAUGGCAAAAGUGGAACAGGUGAUAAUUCUUAUGAGGAUGCCAUAUCAAAAAAGUCUACGAUGGAUAAUACAAUAAAGAAUAAUUGAAAAACAGUUAAUGUAUAUUUUGAAAAAAAAGUAAUAUAUUUGCUUUAUUUCUGGCGAAAUGCUUAACACGUCUAUUUCUAUUUUGCAAAUGUAAUUCAUGUUACAUUAUGUAAAUACACAUUAUUUAUUAAUUCAUUUUAUAUAUUAUCAAAAAUUUAAUGGUCAAUGUCUAUAACAUGUUUACCCAAUAUGAAUGGAUAAGUAUUUAUGAACAAUGCUUACUAAGUGUUAUUUGUAAAUUUUAAUCAGUGUACUGAGAACACUAAUAUUUAGAACAAAAGAUAUAAUAUACAUGAAAUAACAAGCACACAUAAAAUACUGUAAGCCAUUAAUUAAAAUUU